UAAUGGCUUCUUCUUCCUCCUCCUCCUUUCUCUCACACCCACUUCCCCUUUCCCAAGACCUUAGCCCAAACCCUAACCUUCCAUUCCUACAACAUCGUAGUCUCAGAUUCUCCCUCAACUUCUCCUGCGUUUCCUGUUCACGGUACCGGCCUCCAUGUUUGCCGGCUUUGCCCACCUCCGGUGUGUCUCCGCCACCAUCGGAGCAGCCCUCCAGACUGCCUCCCGACUUGCUUCAGAUUGCGUCCGUCUCUGCUAUUCUCUUCCUCGGGUUCGGUGUCCGCGCCUGCUCUGCCACUUCAGGACGUUUUCCGGCGGUUGUAGCCGCCGAGUGUCGAACUGUUCAGGAGCAGAGGAUUCAAGACAGUGAUGGUGUUGGAAAAAGUGAGGAUACAGAAAACUUGGAAGAUAAGGAGUUGAAAGAAGCUUUCAAAAGAUGGAAGUCUAAACCAUAUGCUUUGACAGUCCCUCUGAGAAUUGUCACUCUACGUGGCUCUUUACCUCCUUCAUGGGUUAAGGAUUUUAUGCAAUCACAAGGAAGGAGAUUAAGGUUACUGUCAAAUUUCCGUGGAAGUCUUCAGGACAUAUUCUCUGAACUAUGUCAGCCCUUGAGCAAAGGCAAAAUUGAGCCUAAAUCUGCCCUAGCAGCUGAUAUUGUCACUGUUGGUGACUCCUGGCUUGACUUAGCCAUUAAUAAGGGUAUAAUUGAGCCCAUACAAGGGGUGGAAGACCAAGAUUGGUUUAGAGGGUUAAGCUAUAAAUGGAAGGUAUAUUUACGCAGGAACAGCAAAGGAGAAUUAGAUGCUGAAGGUAAAAUAUGGGCUGCUCCAUAUCGAUGGGGAAGCAUGGUGAUAGCAUACAAGAAAAGCAAAUUUGAAAAGCAUAAAUUGGCUCCUAUAGAGGACUGGGCAGAUUUAUGGCGACCUGAACUUUCAGGGAGGAUUUCAAUGAUUGAUUCUCCACGAGAGGUUGUUGGUGCUGUUUUAAAGUACAUGGGAGCAUCCUACAACACAGACAACAUUGAAUUGCAAGUUAAUGGUGGGAGGAAUGCUGUACAGCAGAAUCUUAUGUUGCUUGCAAAACAGGUACGAUGCUUUGACAGCACACACUACAUAAAAGCACUUAGUGUGGGAGAUGUAUGGGUGGCUGUUGGGUGGAGUAGUGAUGUCCUUCCUGCAGCCAAACGCAUGUCUAAUGUUGCAGUAAUUGUUCCCAAGUCUGGAGCUAGCUUAUGGGCAGAUCUUUGGGCAAUCCCAUCUACUUCAAAACUUGAAAGAAGAAGCCAAAUUGGGGGCCGAGUCAGAGGGCCAUCUCCAGUAAUCCAUCAAUGGAUAGAGUUCUGCUUGCAAGCUGCAAGAGCUUUUCCUUUCACAGAGGAAAUAAUCCCCGGUGCAUCCCCCUCUGCUAUUGAAUGUGCCUCAGUUGAAGCCCCUAGAGAGCUCACCAAGGGGAAACCAAAACUGGAAACCAACCUCAUUGCUGGAAGGCCCCCACCUGAAAUUUUGGCUCGCUGCGAGUUCUUGGAGCCAUUGUCUGAUGCCACAUUGUCAGAUUAUCGGUGGCUGAUAGCCAGUAUUCAGAAACCAAGUCAUGGUCUGAUCCAUGGACUACAUCGCUACAUCUUGUCAUUGAAAGAAUUCUUUCAGCAAAGCUACUUGCAGAGGUAACCUAAAACUCCUUAUACAAAUAGAUUCUUGCUGCAUUCUUGUGACAUUGCAAAUGAAAUAAUACUACUUGGAACUCAUGGCGGUAGGCUGAUUAUUGAGCUCUUAUUUGUAUGAUUAAGCUUAUCGCUGAAAUAAUGCAAAUCCAGAAAAGCAACAACUCAUGCAUUCAUAGUCGUU